AGUUUUCACUUUGUCUUCUUUCCAUGUUCCAAAACUCGAAAUCGCCAUCGCCGCUGUUCUCUUUCUCUCUCCCUUCUUUUCUUUUUGUGAUAAACAUCUCUCUCCCUUCUUCUUCUUCUUCUUCUUCUUCUUCUUCGGUCUUCUGUGUCUCACCUUAUUGUCUGUCCUCACGGUAACCUGCGAGCUGUGGGUCAUCUCUCCUUCUCUCCCUCCUCUUUCUCCUCCUCCUUCUCCUCCUCCUUCUCCUCCUUUUCCCAUUCCGUUAUUGUGUCUCCACCGUCAAAUGCCCUGUUUAACCACCCAAGCUUGCGAUAUCCACGCCAAGUGAAGGUCAGCGGUUACCCUGGGCUUCUGUGUCUCACUCGUUGCAGUGUAAAGAGGCUACUCUUUCCAUUCGUGGAGGCUAGCUUGGGUAUCUCACUAAAGUGAAAGAUGCUGCCGCAGAAGGUAAAGAAGGCUAUUACUGAGAACCCAAGGAAACUUGCGAAUCUGAUUGAUCUUGUUAAUUUACCCUCAACACUCCGGGAGUUUGUUGGCCGGUCUCAGAUUUCUCGAUUGGGUUGUUUUAUACAUGUCUGGUCCUACAUAAAAAAGAAUAAUCUCCAGGAUCCAAACAACAAGAACUUAGUUAACUGUGAUGAAAAAUUGAGGAGUAUAUUAUUGGGCAAGUCCCAGGUUGAAUUGGCUGAACUCCCUAUGUUGAUCAAGCUCCAUUUCCCCAAAGAGCCAAAGUAGGGUUGCACUGCUUGAUGUUAACGAAGCUGAUUUUCUCUAGAUGUCACCCACUCCCGUAUGAUUCAACUCUGGAAAUACUUUCUGCACGUCUGUAUAUUAUUGUAGUCCUAAUAAGGAAUGAGAAAGUUCUUUCUGUGAUUUUUUUUUUUGUAAAUUUAAAGAUCAGCAUGUGAAUCUUGGUAGAAUUUUACUGUUAAUUACAGGUUUCAUCGACUUUGGAUUAACAAUCUUUUCAUUGUGUGAAAUUUCUUCGCCCUGUAGAUAAGGAAUUCCAUAAUGUUUAUUAUGCUCUA